AUGGCUAAUACGGUUCGAACCGAGGUCUGUGAUGAACUUGAGGAUGUUAUGGAAGAGGGGGGAAACAUUGUGGACUAUCAUGGCUGCGAUUUCUUUCCUGAGCGAUGGUUUGAUUGUGUGGUUGUGCUUCAAACUGAUAACACCAUUUUGUAUGACCGUUUGAGCAGGAGGGGGUACAAUGAUUCAAAGCUUUCCAACAAUAUUGAAUGUGAAAUCUUUCAAGUUCUGCUUGAGGAGGCUAAAGAAAGUUACCCGGAGGACAGAGUGGUUGCAAUGAAGAGUGAUACUAUUGAAGACAUUAAUAGAAAUGUUGCAACUCUGACAGAUUGGGUCAGAAAUUGCCCUUCCCCGUCCUAGUUAUAACAAAAAAAUAAAAAUAAAAAUGAGUGCUUUGUACAUACUGGGUUGU